AUGCAGUAUAUGCAAUGCAGGACUAAUGUGUGUCAUAUUUCAAAACCUGAGAUAACCAAAGAAAACCCGUGGGCACCAAAGAAAGAGGCUAAAGUCAUCAAAGAGGAAGCUAAACCAGCUCCUGCAAAGAAAGAGGCUGAAGUCAUCAAAGAUGUUAAACCAGCCCCUAAGAAGAGAGAGGCUGAAGUAAUCAAGGAGAAAGUGAAACCGGCUCCUGUAAAGAAAGAGCCUGAAGUUGCGAAAGAAAAGGCACCUGAACCAAAACCAGAAUCCACCAAGAAAGUUGAGGAUCCAAAGGAAAAAGAAAAACCAGUCCCUGAAAAGAAAGCAGCACCUGAAAUAACCAAAGAAAAACCCAAGCCUGUACCAAAGAAGGAGGCUGAAGUCAUCAAAGAGAAAGUUAAACCAGCUCCUGAGAAGAAAGAGCCUGAAGUCAUUAAGGAAAAGGUUAAACCAGCCCCUGAGAAAAAAGAGGCUGAAGUCAAGGAGAAAGCAAAACCAGCUCCUGUAAAGAAAGAAGCUGAAGUAAUCAAAGAAAAAGCUAAAGCAGCCCCUGAGAAAAAAGAGGCUAAAGUCGUCAAGGAGAACGCUAAACCAGCCCCUGAGAAGAAAGUAGCUGACAUCAUCAAAGAGAAAGCUAAACCAGCCCCUGAGAAGAAAGAGGCUGAAAUCAGGAAAGAGAAAGCUAAACCAGCCCCUGAAAAGAAAGAGCCUGAAGCUGCUAAAGAAAAGGCACCUGAACCGAAACACAAAAUAGGUGAGUUGUUUUCCUCUCAGGUCUUUUUGCAUUUUACACUUUUACCAAAAAUAUGGUCAAUCAUAGCAAAAAAAAGCUAUUGUUAA